AUGGCGAGCAGUUCCCUCCGGCAGAUUCAUGGCACCGAGGUUCUCCCGAUGUUGGCUAUAAUCAGGUGCCACUUGAAUGAAGUUGAAGAACGGGAGGCGGCCACAGGGUUGGGAUCCUAUAUGGACAUGUUCUCAAUCAAGGGGCCGAGGACGGUGACAGUCGAGGGAGAGGCCGAGAGGUGCUGCAUCUGCUGGGAGGAUAUUCUGGUGGGCUCGGAGGCUGCAAGGGUGCCAUGUUCCCACAUUUAUCACCAUCAGUGUAUCUUGGCAUGGCUCCUCAAGACCAGGACUUGCCCUCUGUGUCGGUUCCACAUAUUGUCAACCGAUUAG